UUCAUUCAUUCAUCGUGGGGAGCUGGACCCUAUCCCAGCUGACUAUGGGCGAAAGGCGAGAUUAACUGGGUAGUUUACUGGACUGGUUGCCAGUCAAUUGCAGGGCCAACACACAAAGACAGACAACCACUCACGCACACACUCACAGACACACUAGGAGCAAUUUAGAGUAGCCAGUUAACCUAAUGUGUGGGAGGAAACCCAUGCAGACACAGGGAGAACGGGAGCAGAAGCCCAGACCAGGGUUUGAACAAAGAACCCUCUUGCUGUGAGGCGACAGUGCUAACCACUGCACUACUGCAACUGAAAUUGAAAAUAAAAAUAUAUUUCUAAUAUCACGUUUAAGUUCCUUCCUUAAGUUCCUUGAAGAAGACCAUACAAAGAUAAUACAGCUACAAACAUGCAUCACAUGAAGGAUGUGGUCAGAAGCCAAGAUGAAGUAGAUGAGAGUCUUACAUUCUGACAAAGAUAACUUCUAUGUAAAAGGGUGGACUUGACUCCCUCCAAGAACACAAGUUAAUUGUGUUGCUGCCAUCAUGCAUGCAUUUCUGCUUUUUCAUCUUCUGGCAUGUCUUGAAGGAAGCGCGCCUGUGAAUGCAGUAUCAAAUGGGGAAAAAGCCCCAGAGAACUCAAUGUUGUAUAUGGUCUCGGUGCAGAACAACAAUGGUCAUGUAUGUGGAGGAUUCCUUGUCAGUGAAGACUUUGUGCUCACUGCUGCACACUGUGAUAACCCGAAACUUACAAGUGUUGUUCUCGGCACUCGCAAUCUCAAGGAAGCUGAUAAUGAAAAAAGAAGAUCCAUUGAGGAGAGAUACACACACCCAAAGUAUGAGUCUGCAGGACCCAGUAAUGACAUCAUGCUGCUCAAAUUCUCUGGAAAAGUUCAGUGGAACAACAGAGUACAACCGAUUCAACUUCCCCAUUCUGAAAUACACAUGGAGGACAAUGAAAAGUGCAGUGUUGCUGGAUGGGGUUCCACUGCAACAGAUCAUGCAGGUGUUGAUGAGCUGAGAGUCGUGGAUGUGUCUGUCAUUAACCAAGUCUGUGAGCAGCUGUGGCCUGGUCUUCCACUCAAUGUCAUCUGUGCAGGUGGAUAUAACACAGACAAAGGAUUCUGUGAGGGUGAUGGUGGUGGCCCUCUGGUGUGUGACGGGAUAGCUGUUGGUAUAGUGUCUUUCGGUAAUUCAAACUGCCACUACCCAGAUCUACCCAAUGUCUACACAGAUGUAUCAAAAUACCUUCCCUGGAUCAAGAAUAUCCUUAUACACUCAAAAAGUUAUGAGCUUUGCCUCAGCAUGCAAGAAAAGUGUUGUGGUGUCUGUCAGUGUGACCGAAAUUCAUUCAAUCAUCGCGGGGAGCUGGGCUGGCACCCACUGUAA